AUGGCCCCGAGCGAGGACAUUGAAGUCCCAAAUUCAGGUGUGCGUGGGGAUCGGUGCUUCAACACCAAAUGCAAGGAUGUUUUGACUCGAGAGGCAAAAUGCAUGUAUCCAUACAGAAUACGAGGUUACACGAAUAUAGGUUGCCCCAAAAAUCAUGGACGCUAUACGUGCUGCAAAGGCCUGGGUCGUGGAAUAAAACCCGACAUUAACGAAGGAUCCAGAAUUUGUACUCUAACCGAGUGCAAGAGUAUAAAAACAAAGGAAGCAAAAUGCAAAGCUGGUACUUUUCAUUACGGAAGUGUUCCUGGUAAGUGCCCACCUGACCAAGCACAAUUCAGAUGUUGCCGCUACGGAGGACUAAUAGUUCCUCCGAACUUUACGCCACAGGUCUACACUGUACCUAAGGGAUCUGAAGAGUGCGUCACAACUGAAUGUAAGAGCACCAAAACCAAGGAAGCGAAGUGCCUUGACCCUUACCCAGUCGAGACGGGAAAGCUUCCGAAGGGGUGCGAUGCAGGCGAAGCCAAAUAUUCUUGCUGCAAAGGUAAGGACGGAGAUGGGGAGGCACAAAACUCUGGGAACUGCAUGACAACUGAGUGCAAGAGUCUCACGACGAAAGAAGCCAAGUGCCUCGACCCUUUCCCAAUGGAGAUGGAUAAGUUUACCGACGAGUGUGACGAAGGAGAAGCCAAGUUUUCGUGCUGUGGAGGUAAUAGCGAAACCGAAGGUCUAGGAGGCGAAGGAUCUGAGGAGUGCAUCACAACUAAAUGUAAGAGCACCAAAAGCAAAGAAAUGAAGUGCACUGACCCUUAUCCAGUCGAAACCGGAAAGCUUCCGAAGGGGUGCGAUGCAGGGAUGGCAAAAUAUUCUUGCUGCAAGGGGAAAGGUGCAAAGAAUGAGGAUAAUGUGGAUGAUGUUCAAAUUGAUGUGGCUGGACAAGACGACGAGGCAAGUGCUGAUAACGAGGUUGACACAGAUGCUAUUCCGGGAUAUAAAUGCACGACAAGUAAAUGCAAGAAAAAAAGUAUUAAGAAUCCGUGUCCCGAAGGUACAACAGUGAAAUGGAUGAACGAAGAACUGUGCGAAAAUCAUUACGCAAUGUUUCGUUGCUGCUCAAAAUUAGAAGAUUAAAUAUUUAACUUUGUUGUAGGAAUCUUUGGAAUUUAUUCUUUGAUUAGUGUUUCAAUAACUUUGUAUGUAAUUUUAGUAUUCGUGGGGAGCUUUAUAAAAUUUGAAUGAAAAAUACAAUGCACCGGUCAAUGUUA